CAACACAAUCAAACCAUAAUCACUUCACCCAAAUCCUAAAAAUUUUACCGAUUCACAAUAAAUUAACAAAAUUAUCACAUCAAACCAUAGUCACUUCACUAAUACGUAACAUGUUUUGCUUUUGCAACAAAGUUUGAUUUGAGGCCUAACCCCUAUACGAGACACAACACAUAUAAAAAUACAAGUAUAACAUAGCUUUAGAAACAGAGAUUGGGAAACUGUUCCCGCAGUUCUUCAGAGUUCAAACUUCAGGUGUUUCGAAAUUGGAGGAGAUAUAAUAAAGAGCAAAAAGUUGGAUUGCCUUUGAAUAGCAGGAAUUUUAAGUGUGGAAUCUUUGUUUAAGGUGCUUUUUAUACCUUAUACAGCUAACUCAAGUAAAUCCAUGCUCUCAAGCAUUGCUUCACCCAUGAUUAGAAACCCAAUAGUUGCAGCCAUGAAUUACACAAAGAAGAAAGCUGCUGUACUUUACCACUACCCUUGCCCUGAUGGCACCUUCGCGGCCCUUGCAGCACACCUUUAUUUCUCUGCUACUUCCUCCCCAGUUCAUUUUUUUCCAAACACUGUCUACAGUCCUAUCAAGGCAGACCAGUUGCCUUUGCAAGAAAUCGGUGAUGUUUAUCUUUUAGAUUUUGUUGGACCCUCUGGGUUUGUUGCUGAUCUCUCAUCCAAGGUGGAGAAAGUGAUCAUUCUAGACCAUCAUAAAACUGCACUUGAGACUUUAGGUGAUGAAACCUCAUUGGGUGAGAAUGUAACGAAGGUGUUAGAUAUGGAGAGGAGUGGGGCAACAAUUGCUUAUGAUUACUUCAAGCAGAAGCUUAGUGAAGGAAAUGGAGGCAGUCAUGAGUCCGUUCUUGCUGAGUUCAAUAGAAUGAGAAAAAUUUUCGAGUACAUCGAGGAUGGAGAUCUUUGGAAGUGGCGCCUUGAGAAUAGCAAAGCUUUCAGCAGUGGGUUGAAGGACCAGAAUUUAGAAUUUGAUUUUCAGAAAAAUCCCUCUGUGUUUCAGCAGUUGCUCUCACUGAACCUUGAAUCUGUUAUAAAUCAAGGUAUUAUAAGCUUAGAUCAUAAGCAAAAGUUGAUUACUGAUGCUCUUGAGCAAUCUUUUACAAUCAACCUUGGAGGUGGGGCAUUCGGUUGUUGCCUAGCUGUCAUCGCAGAUGAAGCUCUUUCAGAAUUAAGGAGUGAACUUGGGAAUCAGUUGGCUUGUAAGAGCCAAGACCAGAACUUAAGGGGCAUCGGAGCUAUUGUUUACAAAGUUCCCGAGCUUGGGAAUGACCAGAUGUUUAAAAUCAGUCUUCGGAGUGUCAAAAGUGAAGACACGACUCCUAUUUCAGAGAAAUAUGGUGGUGGUGGACAUCGUAAUGCUAGUUCAUUUCUGCUAAGAUUGGCUGAUUUUGAAGCAUGGAAAAUGAACAGUUGAUGAUUUCUUUGUUAAUUUGUCAAUCAACAAAUUUUGUAGUUGUUUAGUUGACAGUGUUAACUACAUAUAGAAACUAACUUGGCAGUUAGGCAUGUUUACUUAUGAAGUUAUGAUUUAGAUUUUGAAGUCCUACAUUUUGUAAGAGAAAACUAUAAUGUCAUUCUUGAGAAAAACUCAGCGCCAGGGUGUGUGCCUGUAUUACUUCUCCAAUUUUGCCAACUUCAACAAAAUCUUU